GGAAAGAGGACUGUAUUAGCAACCGGUUGGUGUUCGUUUACAUCGGGACUGGAGCAACGAGCAAUCAGGAAAGUGCUUUGCUCAAAGACAGAGUGUCAAUCUGUCCAGGAAUUAACCUCACAAGCAUAUAAUUGUAAACUGUACACCCCAAUCGUUAGUCUCAUGCCUUUACCAUGAUGUCAUGAAUAUAAAUUUAAAAAAAAUGUGUUCUAGUAGAAAUCGAACCCUUAUGUCCGAUUUAAAAAACAAAACAAACUUCUGUGUAUCUAAAACGAGGCUCGACAGUUAUGGCGUCUGCGGACGUCUCUUUUCCAUCAUAUCUCUUUUACGGUUGUUGCGGUGAAAACACAAUGAUAGACUUCAGCAAGGUGGAAUUAUUUCCUGAUUUCUUCUUCCCUGACUCUCAGAUUAGGUGGUCUGAUACCAAGCUUUGGAUACUGUUAUGCAUCAUCUUAGUUAUUCUUCCUUUGUGGCUGAUGGUGUGUACAAUAUUUUUGAAGAAAAAAUUGAAAAAUAGCCAUCAAGGUGAUCUGAUUUAUGCAUUGGCCACAGCUGUACUUCUUGUACCAUCGUUUGUUGGGUUCUUGAAAUUGAUUGCUGACCAACCUCACUGGAGUUUUCUUCAGUCAAAUAUGUUUCUUCUUACUGGAUAUUUCUUCAUCUUGAUUGGAGUCUGUCAUAUUCACCAUGGAAUUAAGUCUUUGGAAAUAUCUCAUAUUUUGAAAGACCCUUCCAGUAAAACUGCCACUAAAACAUCUCCAGGAUUCCCAACUUGUGCCAGUUUACUUAGUAUUGAAUCAACAUUGUUUUUGGGAAAUAGUCUCUUGUAUUUAGGAGCAUCAUUAAUAUAUGCCAGCCAAGCUGGAGUGUUAGUUACCUUGUUCCUUGGCUUCAGUUACAUUGAGAUAAUGCACAUUAGAAAAUAUCUUGAAUUGAAAAAUUUCUGAAAAAAAAACAACCAAAACCACUGCAUUCCCACUCACUGUGAUAUUUUCUUUGUUCUCAUUUGUUAAAAAAAUUCUGUAUUUAUUAAAAUAAACAAUUAAUAAAGCAUCAUUAUUGUUGUAAUUAGUGCAACAGUUGAAGUUCUCCACAAACCAAGAUUACUUAUGUUGCUAGUUCUUGGUAAAAAACACAUGCUUGUUCUAAAUUUUUCAUAUCCAUUUACUACCAGCCUUCAGCAUCCUGUUCAUCUAGAGGUGAAGGUGUUAAUCUUAAGGAAAUUUCUAAUUUAGAAUUUCUUAUUAGGGCAAUUUCAGUUACACUACACUUUUAGAAACAAAUGUGUAACUUUUUCUAAAUGUUUAAUUGUUUUGUGUAAUUUGACUUAAUAGUAUUUUAAUCCUGUAAUAAAGUGGGGGUCUGUUGCAUCAAGAAUGACAUUAAAGAAUUCAGUUUCUAUAAAAUGUGUACAUUGUAUGAUCUGAAAAUGAAAUCAAAAGGGAUAUUUUUGUACAAAUCUGUAUAGAAGUUAUUAAGAAAAGUUGCCUAAUGCAAAACUAUUUUUGUUUGCAUGAAAAUCACACACAAAACCAACAUAUUAAAUAGUGUUUUGGCUGCAUAGGGAUAUUGGUUUGAUGUAUGCAGAAGAAAGCCAUAAUGGUUGGAGUCUUCUAGGAUAAAAGUAUUUAUAAAUGUAAUUGCUUAAAAAAAAAAAAAGACAGCAAUGUUUCUUACAC